CUACUUACCUAGGGGAGGAUGUUUCUGUUUUCCAAUUGGGUCACCAAAUCUCUGUACUCUGUACUCUCACUCUGAUCUAAACACAACAAACCCUUCUCACUUCUGACACAUUUCUUCCUUCAAUCCCCUUUUGUCUUCUUCCUCUUCAAUCUUUUUUUUCUCUCUUUCUCUCUCUUUUUUUAUUCCCCUCUGUCUCAAAUUUUCUCCUUUUGUCUAAACACAACACUUUUGCUUUUACAGUACAGAAAUCCACCUACCUCUCAUCAGAUACGUUCAUAUAUCGAAAUUUAUCGGAAUUUUCUUCACUUUUUGCGACUUGGGUUUCAAGCUACGUCUCUCUUUUACAAUCAAAAUUUUACCUUUAUGUGAUCUUCUCUCUUAUGAAGUUAAUGGGUGGUGGCAAUCUGAAUUCCCUAGUUUGCAAGAUUGUGUUUUUGUUUAUUGCUGUGUUGAUCCUAAGAUCCUUAUUGUUUCCUUCCAACAAUGUUGUUUAUAUGACCAAUAAGAAUGUUGGUUUUGUUGUUGAACAAGAAAAGUUUUUGGAGGUUCCACAGAUUGUGUGGGGGUUAAACAACCAAAAGAUUGCAUUUGCAAGGGCUUGUCUCACAGCUAGAAUGUUGAACAGAACUCUCUUGAUGCCUAGUCUUAGUGCUUCCUUGUUUUACAAGGAAGUUGAUCUUUUGAAACCAAUUUCAUUUGACAAGGUGUUCCAAUUUGACAAGUUUAAUGAUCUAUGCAGCGGUUUUGUCCGAUUGGGGCGUUACUCGGAUCUCACGAACGCAACGAAGGUGAUCGAAAUCCAGAAAGGAAGUGGUAGAAAGUGGACUAUAGAGAGGGAUUUGGAUCACUUGAGAGAGGUUAAAAAUGGUUCAUUUGAUGAGUAUGAGGUGGUUAAGAUUGUUGGAAAAAACCCUUUUUUGUGGCAUGAUCAUUGGCCGGUUAAGGAUUACGCUAAGGUUUUCGAGUGCUUAGUUUUGGUCGAUGAGAUUUCUCAAGAAGCCGAUAGAGUUGUGUCUAUGAUUAGGGAAGUUGGAAACAAUGAUCGAUAUGUUGCGGUUCACAUGAGGGUAGAAAUUGAUUGGAUGAUUCAUUGCAAGAAAUUGGAGCAAAGAUUGAACACAAAUCAAAUAUGUAGUAGCAAAAACGAGAUAAUCGAACGAGUCGGGAACAUUGAAGGUCUUAAUAAGAGUCCUCCAAUUGUUCUUUAUCUUGCAGUGGCUGAUAAACUUCUUCAAAACUCUUCAAUACUUGAAGGUUGGAAAGAUGGUUUUUUACCUUAUGAGAAGAAGAAACUUGGUGUUGAUAAAAUCUAUGGGAAAUAUUCUUAUUUAGUUCAGUCUGCAAUUGAUUAUGAAGUGUGUUUGAGAGCUAAUGUGUUUGUUGGAAACAGUUUUUCUACUUUUUCAAGCCUUAUAGUUCUUGAAAGAACACAAAAGAUGAUGAAAUUAGGUGUGAGUUCCAUGUGUGGAAGUGAUGUAAAAUGGCCUUCUUUUGCAUAUAAUAUACAAGGAGAAUUGAAUGGCCCUAUGAGAUGGGUUACAAAUAUGUCUGAUUCAAGUCUCCAAGCUAUAAGCUAUGGCACUAAUCACAUUUCGUGUUAAUAUUUAUGCAGCACCGAUAUUUCACAUCGAAGGUAUUAUACUCAGUGUCCGACAUAUUGUUACAAUAUCUACACAUACACAUGUAACUACAUUCAAAUAUUAUCUUAUUUUUUGAAUUAUUAACCGUGUCGAUAUGUCUGGUGUAUGAUUGAGAGAUAAAAUAUAAAUUUAUUAAGAUAACAAGUUGUUGUUUCUUUUUCACAUUCUUAGUGUGAUUGGUAGUUGGAUUAUUAUGGUUCUAAUGUAAAGAUACUUGCCCAUUUAAGGCAAAGGAAGAAUAUUCCUUGUUGAGUUAUGUAUGUUUGCACUUUACUUGUGCUUUCCUUCUCUGUCAGUUUGUUAUUUCCAUGAUGAGGAUAAACAGAUAAGAGAGUUAAAGGACACAACAGAAACACUUGUCUUUAACAUGUGUUUUUGGUUACUUUGUCCCACCACCAAGGUGAACAGUCACAUAUGUGUCUCUUGAUAAUGGGCUUUAUUGUGAGGACAGGGACUGCACUGCUGUUGUUUGUUUGUAGGUCCAGAAUAAUUGUAAGUUUUUAUUCAUUAAUGUUGGUGGAGUCUAGGUGAAAUUUAAUACUAGUUUAUUUUACAGAUACAAAAAUAACAUUUUAAAUAAUGUUAGCCCCUCUAAAAUAUUUAUGAAAUGCAUGGCACUGGAGUCACAUUUUUGGAUGAUAAAACAUAAAUGUGUUAAGAUAAGAAGUUGCUGUUUUUUUCACAUUCUUCAUGUGUUUUUUGGUAGUUGGAUUAUUAUGGUUCUAAUGUAAAGAUACUCACCAAUUAAAGGCAAAGGAAGAAUAUUCCUUGUUAAAUUAUUUGUGACUGCACUUUAUUUCUCUUUGUUAUUUUCUUGAUGAGGAUAAGAUAGGGUGUACAAACAUAUAAGAGAGUUAAGAGACAACAAAAACACUUGUCUUUAACAUGUGUUUUGGGUAACUUUGUCCCACCACCAAGAUGAAUAAUGGUUUCCUAAUUGAAGGAGUUUGUUUUACUUUUUUCUUACGAUGUGUCACAGAAUGUGUGGGAUGGGACAUACGAGUCUCUUGAAAAACGGUGCAGAUAAUUGGGGCUUUAUGGCAUUUAUUUCUUUUGAUAAAGUUGUCAUGGGUUCGGAUUUAAUGUUAAUGGAGUAUUAGAGUAUAGUAUAUACAAAAAUAUUACUCCGGUUUUUGGAAUAAAAGUCUCAUUAUUUGCCUCAAUUGAAUAUUUCACAUAAAUAUGAAAGAAAAAUAAUAAUAACUUUAUUAAAUUUUCUUGAUUAAUUAUUGGUGAUUCAAAUUAACAUUAAUGUUAAGCGAGAAAAGAAUAAAUUCUGAGUAUUUAUUAUAUGGUAUAAUUAGAAGAUUAAAUAUAAAAUUGUACUGAUAAUAUAAUAUGAUAAGUAUUUUGGAACAAUUUUUUUCUUUUAAAUGUGACAAUUAUUUUGAGACAGAGGGAAU